AUGCACCAUGAGCCUGCAACAUCAGCCAAACUACCAUCGACGGACGGACGAAUGGUUGUUGUGGAAGCUCAAAUUGAAUCCUCUCAGGAUCAUCUUUGCCAUCAACAACAACAACCAUUAUUACCUCUUAUGAAUGAUGAUUACAAUCCUAUCAUCAUAGCCUCCUCUAACUCUCUAACCGACACGUUAGGUACCUCUCUUCUGAAUGACUCUGUUCUUCCUCAUCGUCUUGUAGAUUCCGAAGAGGAAGAUACAGAUUCAAGUGUAACUGCCAUCUCAACCACCAAUUCCUUCCUCUCCAUAACCACUGCAGCUGCUGCCAAUGUGUCUUCACCUGGAUUGAAUCCUCUCAGUGGGUCUUCCUCUUCUUCUUCGCCUCGUUCCCGAAGUACCAUUUCUUCCACUACCAUUUCUGUGUCACCGCCAAAUAAUGGUGCAUUGUUGUCCUCUUCACCUCCUUCCUUAUCUCUUACAAGUACUUCAUCAUCUUCAGUGGAUAGAAUUAUCAAAAUGUUGUCUUUAUUCUUGCAAGAAGUUCAUUCAUCGGAAGAUUUACAUUUGAAACCCGAUGAGCCCAAUCAAAGUCGAGAAAAACUUGCAAAAAUUUCGCUUUCUACCUAUCAUAUGCAACGAUUGUUUGAGAAAUUUGAACAAUUUCAUCAACAAAAGAAUCGAGAUGGAGACUCUGUAAGCAAGGCAAAAAACUUGUUUCAAUGGGUAUUGGAUAAAAUUGUAAAUAGCUCUGAUUCACAUCAUGUCACAAAUUCGGAUAUGGAUAUUUUGAUUCAAAAAUUUAGAACAGUAGUGACAGAAAUUGAGGUGUUUUUUAAAAAGUUGAGAAACGAAAAAGAAGAUACCAGGAGCCAAGGUGUGGUUGUUAAUCUUCGAUAUUUUGGAGCUUUAAACCAAAUAAUUUUCACGGGAAAAUCAACAACUUGUCAAUUCAUACUUUCCUCCAUUAUUAAUCCACCAAACAAUUUACGAGGAAUAACGUUUAAUAGAAAUGUGAACAUUGAAACAUUUGACACCAUUCUGGAUCCAAAAAAUACCACUUUUUCGAAUUUGCGAUUUAUUGAUUGUCACGAACUACUUCAAAAAUUAGAGGACGAUCAAAGCUUGGGUGAAUAUGUGCUGAAUCAAGUGAAAUCUAUAUAUAUUGAAAAGUGUGAAAUUGCUAGCUUGAAUUGUUUGUUUAAACCCAAUAGAAUAUGGAAACAACUUUCAAAGUUGAGGAUGCGAAAAACCAAAUUGAAUGACAUUUUCUCUUUCAGUGACUGCAUUCCGAAUAUUCGAGAAUAUCACAUGUCUCACAACUACCUAUCAUGUGUACAUACUCCAUCAUGUAUAGUUACUUCAAAUUUAGUAAUUUUAGAUUUAAGUUUUAAUUUAUUAGAAACUCUUGAUAGUUUUUCAAGAGUGAAACUUCCCAACCUGGAAAUUUUAGAUGUUUCACAUAACUACUUGACCGGUAUUAGAGGAAUUUUACGAGCUUGCGGAAAGAAUAGCCUCAAGCAACUCUAUCUUCAUGCAAACAGUAUUGCUCAAUUUGAAGAUGUCUAUUUCUUAAAUUAUUUUGAAUCAUUACAUGCAUUGACUCUAUUAGAGAAUCCCAUUGAGAACGAUCCAAUGUAUAGCCAAACCAUGCUGAAUUUAUUCUCCAACUCUGCAAAAUUAUUCUAUUUCGAUGGAACCGAAUAUCCAUUGAAACAGCUGACAGAAUAUUCAUUUCCUCUUGUCAGCGACGACGAUGUGCGAGAUCCUGCAGAGAUUGAAACGUCAGGAAAUAUUCCACCACCUCCUCCUAUGUUUUCUCCCAUUCCCCCACCUCCUCCCAUGUUCCCUGAAGCGAAUGGAAUCGUACCUCCACCUCCUCCUGGAACAAUUCCUCUUCCUCCCAAUGUUCGAGUGAUUCCAACAAGAAAAACAAAAAAAGAAGUCUCAAAAACCAAAAAUAUUCAUUGGAAACCUGUCACAGUUACCAAGACGAGAAGUCGAUCUGUUUGGAAUGUGGAAGAAAAAGUCGAUGUCAUUUCUAUGGAUCAUUUACAAAAAUUAGAGUCAAUCUUCUCAGCUUCCAAGGACUCACCAACUCGAGGAGGAAUUGGCUCUAAGAAAAUCAUCAGCAAUGAAUUAGAUACUAUUAUUGACUCAUCCCUAUCUAGAAAUUUAGAAAUUCUAAUCAGCGGCCUGUUCAAACAUAGCGACGUGACCUCUAUUAUGCAAAACAUCAAUCAUCUCGAUACUCAGCCACUAUCAAUAGAGCAAAUUAAGGCCAUUUCUCAAUUUGUGCCGGCCAUUGAAGAGAUGCGAAAAAAGAUUACUCUUGUUGAACAGAAUAUUCAAAAAUUGAAACCUGCGCUUAUAUGGACAUGGCAUUUGUCACAAGUGAAACAUCUACCAAUCAAAAUUCAACUCAUGCAAUACAUCAAGUCAUUUGACACAAGCACUCUCCUCUCAACCAUUGAGGCGAAAUAUAAUGCUUACGAACAGUUACAAAACUCAAAAGCAUUUGUGAAGGUUCUUCACAUUCUCUUAUUUCUAGGAAAUUACAUGAAUCGAGGAAAAACCAAACUUGAAGAUGCUCAAGGAUUUCAUUUGAAUAUUCUUCCAAAAUUGAGCGAUACCAAAUCUCAGCAUAAUUCAAAAACUUACACCUUAAUUCACUUUCUCGCUGAAACCUUAAAGAAAGAUAGUAAUGGACUCUAUAAUUUUGAAACAGAUCUUGAGAAUUGUGUUUGUAAUCCAGAUAUUGUGAACAUGAGCUUGGAAACGAUACAACUCGAUUUGAAAGAACUCCAUACUGUGAAAAAUUAUUUCAUUGAGAAACAACCACUCGUUCUAGCUAACGAAGAAACAAAAACAGAACAUGAUGAUGUUUUAUGUCGAAAUUUUUUAACAUUCAUGACCCAAUGUGAGGAAUCGGUGUCACAAGUACAAAAAGCCUUUGACAAGCUCCAGAAUAGCUUUACAAUGGCCUGUGAUUUUUUCCAUUUCAAUUAUGAUGAAGCUUCUGCUCAAGCGAGUAAUGGAGGCAGCAAUGGAAGCAGUAAUAGCGAUCAAUUAUUGGUCAUUAUUCGAGAUUUUAUUGUUCAAUUCAAGAAAGCGAAAGAAGACAUUGAAAAGGAAGAAAAGAAAAAUAUGCAACCAUCGACACCUUCCCGUAGAGGCUCGGUCAUGAUGAGAGUACAAUCCAUUUCUGAAAUGAAAGUGGAGUCUCCAGCAAGCCCAACACCGAGCUCUCCAACACUGAACCAUCACAAUGACACCAUCAUUCGAAAUUAUCGCAAUCGAAGAAAACACAGCCUUAAAUCGAAGAGUUUUUCUUCGUUUGCUGAGUUGCAAGUAGAUGGCAUGGGGCAGACCACGAGCACAUCAAGCACCUCUUCAACUCCCAACGAAAGUGAAGGAUCCAUUGUUGUUGCUGAUUCCAACGUGUAA